AUGGCACCCAUUUUACUCAACUCAAUGGGAAAUGAACACAACGGAUAUAUUGAACAGGAAAAGGUCUAUGUGAAAAAUCCUCAUCUGGACUCGAUGGAGGAAGACAUACUCUAUCACUUUAACCUGAGCACCAAGACCCAUAACCUCCCCGAGAUGUUUGGAGACAUCAAGUUUGUCUGCGUGGGUGGCAGUGCCAACCGCAUGAAAGCUUUUGCUCAGUUCAUCCAUCAGGAGCUGAAUCUGCAGGGAAACGUGGAUGACAUCAGGGACAUAUGUGAGGGCACUGACCGCUACUCCAUGUACAAAGUUGGGCCCGUACUGUCCAUCAGCCAUGGAAUGGGAGUUCCCUCCAUAUCGAUCAUGCUUCACGAGCUCAUUAAACUGUUGGAUCACGCCCGCUGCCGUGAUGUCAACCUGUUCCGCAUCGGAACCUCUGGUGGUGUGGGACUGGCCCCAGGAACAGUGGUCAUCACCGACAAGGCAGUGGACUCCUUCUUCCGGCCGCAGUUUGAGCAGGUGGUGCUGGGAAAAGUGAUUGUCCGGAGCACGGAGCUGGAUGAGGAAUUGGCCAGAGAUCUGCUGCAGUGUUCGGCCGAGAUUCCCAACUUACCCACUGUCAUUGGGAACACAAUGUGCACACACGACUUCUACGAAGGUCAGGGCCGGCUGGACGGAGCGCUCUGCUCCUUCUCCACCGAGGAGAAGCUGGAGUACCUGCGUAAAGCCCAUGAGGCGGGCGUGAGAAACAUCGAGAUGGAGUCCACGGUUUUCGCUGCCAUGUGUCGUGUCUGCAACCUUAAAGCUGCGGUGCUUUGCGUGACGCUGCUAAACCGAUUUGAGGGGGAUCAGAUCUCCACCCCUCACGACGUUCUGGUGGAGUAUCAACACAGGCCACAGCGUCUGGUCUCCCACUUCAUCAAGAAACGUCUGGGAUACCUCUCCUAAAUGUCUGGGACGCAUCUCCUAAACGUCUGGGACGCAUCUCCUAAACGUCUGAGAUGCAUCUCCUAAACGUCUGGGACGCAUCUCCUAAACGUCUGAGAUGCAUCUCCUAAACGUCUGGGACGCAUCUCCUAAACGUCUGAGAUGCAUCUCCUAAACGUCUGGACAGCACGCUCUCCACCGUGUACAGGGUUCUCUAUGGAAAUGUAUAUUUAUGUACAGUAAUAUUGAUACUGACAAAACUACAUUUUUUCUAUUUAAUAGGAAUUUCUGAUUAUGUCAGGAUUUGACCAUUGAGUUCUCUUUUGCAUUUUGAUGACUAUGUUAUGUGUAUUUUUUUUUUUUUAAUGAAUCACUGUUUCAAUUAAAUUGAACAGUUUCUUUAAUGAAUUGUUACAGUCUAAUUCAGACUAUGUAAAAUAUUUGUUUUACUGUGCGCUACUGUUUAUUGAAAAACAAAUAAAGACUUGUUUAUGUUUAAACCAU